AUGCGGGCCGCCGCUGGAUUUGGCAGCCAGAACAGGCCUAAUCCUUUCCAUGGGCUCGACACCUGGCCCACCGCCCUUGUUCGGCACCACCGCCAUGGCCCAUUCAAUCCAAUCCAGCACUUGAGCCAGAGUGAGCAGACCCGUCUGAACCAGCCCGAGAGAGAGAGUCGUUGUGUCUCUGGUGAUUAUUGUUGUCAUUUACCAUCAUCUCUGUCACCAUCGACAAACAUCCCGGUUGUUCGUGCUGGCGAGCUUGCAGUCGUCGUCUUGCCAUCCGUACCCUUCCUUCAUUCUUGUUGUGACAACCAAUCGUUUCACUGCCCAAAGUCCUUUGUUCACUCCUUCGUCCUCCUCGAGAGAAGGUACCAAGGUUCAAGAGACCAUCCGCCUGGCCCAACAACCGGAGCUUUUGUCACGGGCCGCCUGCUCGCACCCGUCUGCACUGCACUGCUUGCUAUCCGCUCAGUGCCUGGGUGCUCUCCCCAUGCAUCGCUUUCCUCAGUGACAUCUGGGUGUGAGCUUCACACCUCGUAUCCUCGUCUCGUCUCGCCUCGUCUGGCCUCGUCUCCCCAGUAUUCACACAGCUCGCCAACAACACCCCUCAUGACGACCGACCUGCUUCCCACCACCGGCAUGGCCCUCCUAGGCGCCCCGGACAGCGACGUCGGCCCCAAGGACGCCGCUGCCCACUCGACGCCGGUGCAGGCCAUGCAGGUGGAACUCACCCAGGACAUUGUCGACGAGCUCCUCGAGAGCGUGAGGAGCGGAAGAUCGCCCCAGAUCCUCUUUGGUCGUACUCCACAACUCAAAUGCGGCGACAAGACACACGUGCUGCAAACCAGCCCCGAAGCCCAUCGCCACGAGCUCUACAAGACCCACGGCACCGGCGACGACGCCCAUCUCGAGUUCGCGGCCGUCAUCAACCACAGUCUGGUGGUGCAAAAGGCCGACCAUGUCACGGCAGGCGUCGACUCGGCGCUGGAACAGCUCAGGAGUAGCAUGGCAGCCAUCUCAGAGUUCAAGGAAGCCAACAAGACGAUUGUUGGCGAAGCUACUCCCGGUCGCACGCCUGGCCAUCGUCGCUUCCCCUCGACCGGCUUCAAGCCAACCCACCUCGCUCCCGCUAAGCUCGGCUCCCCGCUGCUCAGCGCCCCUUCCUCGCCCAUGCACAAACGGGCUCCCACCUCACAGCCAGGCAACACGCGUGAACUGGUCCUCGCAGCACUUCGCAUGCCCGUCAUUCACCUUCUCGCCCGCGAACCGUCCACAGAGGCGGCCCUCGCGGCAGCAUGUCGCACCUCUCUUGCCAGCAUGCGCGACCUCUUGCCCAAGGUCGCCAAAAAGACUUCCUCGCCCGACGGUGACAAGUGGCAGCUCACGGACAAGUCGUUCCGCGAGGUGAAGCCGUGGAAAUUCCCCUACCAGAGUGCCGAAGACCGCCAGCAGGCCAUUGAUGGCGCAAUCAAGUCGUUUGACAGGCAACGACUCGCAAAGGAUGACAAGCUCUGGCAGAUUUUGCUACCGCGUGAAGAGCGAGGCCAGGGCAUCUGUCUGUCACGCUCGACUGUGAAGGCGCCCGAAGCCAAGGCGAAGCCAGGCACGCCCAUGCACAUGCCCAAGAUCUCCGACCUGACCAAGAAGAAACCAGUCUCGAAGAAGGCUACUACCGACAAGACGACGGAGAAGAGGCCCAGGGCGAUCAAGGAGACUGAGCCCAAACCCAAGUCGGCGAUGAAGGAAAAGUACCUGGCCCGUGAGAAACCAACGGUGAAGGUGAGAGAGAAUAGGGAAGCAAAGGACGAACCCACAAAACCGGCCACACUCUCCAAUUCUCAGACGGCUGCACCCUCUCACCUCAACCCACCUUCCGGCGCCGCUUCCAAGAUCCGCACCAAAAAGGUACCCGCUGCUGAAGGCAAUAAUCACAACACCCCACGCGUGAAGCCAAAGAUGUCUGCCCGCGACCUUCACCGAGAGCCGCCCAAGAGGCAGUUCAAGUCGACGAUGCCAGUCAACACCAAGCCCAAGAACCCGUCGCCUCUCUCUGUGUCGCCGCCUGUCAACGCGAGUGACUUUGAAGACAGCCACCCGGUCCACAAGGCCCUCGCUGCGGCGCCCUCGCCAGCCAAGAAUGCCUCGGGCAACUCUGAUCGCUCGCUGAAGCGCAAGGCCAACGACCUGGACAGCGAUAUCCACAACCACAACCUCGCUGUCAAGAAGCCGCACGUGGAUCGCUCGACAGCAAACCACACACCCUCUCACGUCAACGGCCGACUGAACGGCUCCACUCCGUCGACCACUAGCUCCCGUAAGCGCAGGACCGAUGAAUCUUCCUCAUCCAACACGCCCACCACCACCGCUCCCAAAGUCCGCAAGGUCACCAACAUCGACACGGGCCUCGCUUCGCGCUACCACCACAACAACCCACGCGCAUCCCCUGGCGCCUCGUCGUCUUCCACCACGUCACCGUCUAUGCCCAGCCUGAGCUUCCGUCAGACUGUCGAGCUCUCCCGCAGGUUCCAGACGUAUUACAAAAAGUACGAGGAGUUGUACUGGAAGUUGGCCGACGCAACGACCCCGCCCACGGACACACAGAGGAACGCUCUGCUGGACAUGCACAAGAAGCUGGAGGAGAUGAAGAGGGAGAUCAAGGCGGGUGCCAUGACGCACCGCUGA